AUGGAAGGGCUCGGCAUUGCGGCGAAUGUCAUCGCGGUCGUAGACCUGUCCGCGAAAGUCGCUGACUGGUGUGUCGAGUACUGCAAGUCCGUCAAGAAUGCCAAGAAUGACAUUGUCCGAUUCCGCCUGGAAGUGAUCGGGCUGCAGAGUGCUGCGAAUGGCGUCAAGGAGCUACUCGCUGGGCCAAGUAGGGAGAGACUCAAAGCAUCGCAGCAGCUAUGCAACUCUGUCCGGCACUCCGAGUCCGAACUGCAAGCGGUAUGGCCGUUCCAGGGCAGAGAAGUCGAAAAGAUUAUGCAAAACAUUGCGCGAUGCACGCAGGCGAUCAAUCUUGCCCUGCAAGUCGAUCAGACGUACGAAGAUCUGGCCAAAGCCACGACGGUGGAGCUGACAUAG